AUGAGCACCAAAUCCACCGAGCUUCCUUUCCCCGUCUUGCCAAAAACCGAUCAAGGCAAAAGAAUUUGUCAAAUCAUCAGAGUCAAGCCGGAAAGACUGGAUGAAUACAAAAAAGUACAUGCUGACGUAUGGCCUGAAGUUCUAGGAGCGUUAAGGACCGCUCACGUAGUUGAUUACUCAAUUCACUUUUUCGAGCCCCAUAAUCUCCUAAUCGCCCAUAUGAGGUAUAUCGGAAAGGACUUUGACGAGGAUAUGAAGGGAAUUGCUCAGAACGAGGCUACACAACGUUGGUGGAAGCUCACGGAUGGAAUGCAGGAAAGCUUUGUGCCAGGAGCUGUAGGUUCAGCAAGUGGACCUGGGUGGUGGAGUGAGGCAGAAGAAGUAUUUAGAAUGGAAGGAUAG